CAUCUGUGAGAAACGCGUGCGCGAGGGAUUGUGGGAGAGGCGGGUAUGUUUCCAUCAUGGCGGCGUCGAUUUCGGGUUAUACUUUUAGUUCUGUGUGUUAUCACAGCGCCAACAGCAACUCAGACCAUGAGGGAUUUCUGUUGGGAGAAGUGAGACAAGAGGAGACUUUAAGCAUAAGUGACUCUCAUAUUAGUACAUCAGAAUUCCUGCAUAUAGUAGAGGUCCAUAAUCAUGAACCAUGUGCACAGCUCUUCAGCUUUUAUGACUACGCAGGUAAAGUCAAUGAAGAAAAUCUCAACCGAAUCCUCAAAGACAGAAGAAAAAAUGUUAUUGGCUGGUACCGGUUCCGCAGGAACUCGCAGCAGCAGAUGUCGUUCAGGGAACAGGUGAUCCAUAAGCAGCUCACGCACAUACUGGGCAUCCCAGAUCUCGUCUUCCUUCUUUUUAGCUUCAUCUCAACAGCCAACAGUUCAACACAUGCACUAGAGUACGUUCUUUUCAGGCCCAACAGAAGCAGGUAUAAUCAGCGGAUAUCUUUGAGCAUCCCAAACCUGGGCAACACCAGUCAGCAGGAAUACAAAGUGUCCUCUGUCCCCAACACAUCCAAGAACUAUGCCAGUGUUAUUAAAGAACAUGGAGCUGAGUUUUUCGACAAGGAUGGAGUGAUGAAAGAUAUUCGAGCCAUUUUCCAGGUGUACACUGCCCUUCAGGAGAAAGUGCAGGCUGUUUGUGCGGAGGUGGAUCAAAGUGAACGAGUGAAGGAGAAAAUCCAGGAGGAAGUUAAGAAGCUGAAAGAGGAGAUUGCUCUCAGAAAAUGUAGCAGUGCUGCAGAGGAGAGGAGAAAUCAAGAGAUUCAGAAUUCUGAUGUCCACUCGCUGCAGGACGAAUCAGUUCUGUCUGAUUCAUCUCCUCCCUCGCUGACACGCGUGGCUCUCCAGAGCCCUCCGCUUGAGCCGAGCCUGGAUUGGCAUGCAAACUCCGAGCCUGUGGCACUUUACACCAAUGAGCUGGCACCCGACCCACCCAGUGCCAUCCUGCUGCCCCGCCCCCAGGCAGUGGGCUCGCCUGGACAUCCUUCACCUAGUCCAGGCAUAGGCAUGGGCAAUGGAGACGGCUCCAGCUCCGACUCUCUAAACCGGCACACCAUUGGCCAGGAAGAUCAUGAUGACGAUGAUGAAGAUGAGGACAGUAGUGAAUAUGAGAACUUGGUUAGUGAGCAGUUUCAAUCCCCUCAUUUGACUGAAUCUUUAGGACGGCCGGCCACACUCUGGCCUGACGGUGACGCUCAUAGCUCUAGUGGUUCGUCCUGAUCCAGCACCCAAAUCAGGGGAGAAAAGAACAAACAGACAGAGCUAGGCAUUAUAAGAAAUGAGAGGCGGAAGGAGAGGCCCGGGAGAGAAUGGCAGGUGACCGCUGUAUCUCGCUGCAGGACAGCAGCAGGGGAAAAUCCCUUAUUUUACACCUGCCAUUUUGACCAAGUGAACUCUCUCUCUCUCUCUCUCUCUCUCUCUCUCUCUCUCUCUUUCGCGCUCUCUCUUGCUCUCUAUCUCUGCCUCUUUCUCUGCCUCUUUCUCUCACACAUCUCAACUCCACCUGAGAGGAGAGAUGUCAUUCCAUUCAUCAAUUACUUUUAAGCACUGCUACCGACUUAGAUCAUGCGAUUAAUAGCAUUUACCACUUGCACUACUUUUGGCCUUCUCUCAAUCCCCCAUUCAAGUAGAAAAAGCAAAGGGAAAGACGUCUUUUGCGGCCUUCAAUCUCAUCUCCGUGCGAGCUUUAAUGCCACUGACAGUUGUUUUUCAGAUGGACUUGAAACGAAUCUGACUGCUUUUAUCCUCGACUCAUGAACACUGAACUUUCGCUCUACAUUAACAGUUGUUGGCCUCUUUAUGGAAACUACCAAAAAAAGGAUACUUUGGCCAUUUGUUAUUUUGAUUAGGGGUGCUUCUAAUACUUUUACAAAUACAGAUUAGUAAUACCAUUUGAUUUGAUUUAAAAAAGCAAAAGUCUCCCUAAACAAACAGCUAUUUUGUGUUCAUCUGCACUUUUCGUUGUACUUUAUAAGAAUCCUUUCACUCAUAUGGUCGGAGUAAACGUCUCUCUUCCAUACCACAGAACUCCAGCUUGUCAUGUGUUAAACCGAAGAGGGCGAAUACGAAGCCUUCACAAACCUUUCAAUCUCAGGAUUCUUUUACAGCAGCUUGCUUAAUUUCAUCUCAGUCCCUGCCUUCAUGGCUUUGGUGCAAAUACAAAAACUGGAUUUGUCACAGCAGUGGAGUGGUACAUGUGUCCAGCUCUUCUUUCUGUUUUGAUUUGAAGCUUCAAAGGUUGGUAAUUGGUUAUCAGAACAUUGAACUUAACUCAGAUUUACUUGCUUACUACGAAACAAAUACCACAUCAACAUCGUUUUUUUGCAUUUAUCAUGUGAAAACAGAAUUGUUUUUUUUUUUUUCCUGCAAAGUUAAACUUUAAGCUUUUGAUUUGCUUCGCCUAACUAGAUCUAACAGGAAACUGGUCUGUCUUACAGGUGCAUUCGAUCCAACCUUAGGAAAUAGUACAUUUAUUUCUCCACAGUAAGACUCCACAAUAACUAAUUGCCUAUAAUGGAUUGUGUAUGGAGUCUGCCUCGUGACAUGUGACAUCUGAAACAAUUCAUCUGCUUCAUUCUUAUUAAUAGCCAUGUCACCAGCUCCUAUUUGAUAUCUUGAGAUAAUAUUUUACACUUCAGGUGAAAUUGGAGUCGCUCAACCUUUUAUUUCUUCCAGUGUUAAGAAGAACAAACGCACAUAACUGGUUUAUUGCUACAAUAUGCAUUUAAUCAAUAUAUACAAAUAGAGUUUUCUUUCUUUUCUUUUUUUUUUUUUUUUUUGGUCUUAUGUAUAACCUUGCAAACGACUGUAAGCUUUUACCAUGCAGUCCUGGUUGUGGUACAUGUUUUAGAUGCGAAGGUAAAACCCAGUAACACUUAAUGAAGUUACGGUUAUCCUGUUAAUAGAGCUCUAUUUAAAUCACGACUGACAUUGAGAAUUGCAGCACUGUAUUAUGAUGAUUUAGCAAUAUUGUUGUAAGUGUGUGGGAAAUUGAAGGCUAGACACAACACGUAUACAUUAUUAUACACCUACAGUAUAUAAUGUAUAAGGCUUGUAUAUGUUUGAUUUGUAUACAAGUCUUAUACCAUAGUCAGAGCUGUGAAGAAUGUUCCAGAAUAAUAAAAAACUUCUAAACACAUACAA